GCAGAAUCAUGACGUCUCCUGUAGCCAGAGUUCAGUAACAACAUCAGUGUGUGCUGUUAUUAAGUUUUAUUCGUACUUUUAAACCUCCUCUAUGGGCUCAUUGCUACGCGCAGCCGGUCCACUCAGUGCUACUCAUGUGAAGUGACCGCUGCUGUCAUGUCUCCGACCAUGGCUCAGAUCAGUGAUCCAAAGAUUGCGUUUGCCUACCUGCGCCCGGCCUGUGUCCUGCUCACCAAAGAGCCCACUGUGACCAAUGUAGAGACACUGAGCGCCCAGCUGAAAGAAGUCAACGAUGCCACAUUGCAGCAGCUCCAAGAGUACGUCCUCUUCCCUCUUCGCUUUGUCCUUAAAGUCCCUGGGUCCAAGAAGGACAAACUGGUGCAGGCUGUGGCUGAGACCAUGAGCCAGGUCCUGGAGAACACUUGUGUCCAGAGCUGGGAGACCCUCCAAGGCCUCUUCUCAGAGCUUUGCCUCUGCCUGUGCUCACCAACCGAUCCUGGGAAACCUGCAGAUACAUCGGAGGAGCUGAAAUCGGCUGUGCUGAGGUGCCUGGAUGCACUGCUUCAUGCUGCCUACGGUGAUAUAGUCUUCAAACUCUUUGAACCCAUUAUGCUGCCUGGACUGGGAGCUGCCAUAUCACUACUGCUGGCUUUAGGAGAGAAAACAAAAUCAAGAGGUAUACAGGCAGCAGCGUUGAAGUGCCUCCAGGCUUUGACUCUGCAGUGUGACUGCACUCAGGAGCACAUAGUCCCAUCCUCAGAGGAGAGAUGUGCUAUAGGCAGCACCAUGGCUUCAUUCUUACCUGGGAUCACUACUGCUGUCGCACGGAUCAUUACAGGAGAUUUGAGACAAGGCCAUGCAGUCACAGUCAGGGCCAUCAAGGUUUGGUCCAGGACUGUGGGGCUUGUCAUGGAAGAUGCCCAGCUUCAGGCCAGUGAGCCCGGGAAGACUCCCUCACCAGACCUGGGGAGAAUUGGACAGUUGGUGGUCCGGCGGACACAAGACUGGGUGAAGAGCACAGCAGGGAAACUGUCUGUGCUCCUGAAGAAGAUUAUCUCCUGCACCUCAGCUCACCAGCACUGGAGGGUUAGACUAGAGAUGGUGGAGCUGGAUGACCACCUGCUGGCCAGGUGUAGCCAGUCACUGGGAGAGUGUGUGGGGCCGCUACUGGAAGCACUUGUGGGAGCAGUCAAUGAUGAGGAGCUGAGAGUCAGAAAGAGGUGCGAGGCCGCUCUCAGGGAGGUAUCACAGAGGAAUCAGAGCGGUAGCAGCAACAGUAAAAGCAGCAGCAGUGCUCAAACCUUUACUGACGUGCUUUCAGAGAAUCUCCACUCUCUGGCCACCUCCCUGCCCAGACUGAUGAGGACCUCUGAUGACCAGAAGAAGCUGUUUGUCCUCAAUGUGUUUCUGGGAUAUUUAAAAGUCCUGGGGCCGCUGGUCUCUGUGGUACUAAACUCGGCUGCACAUCUUCAGAGAAUUUCCAAAGCCUUGAUGCAGGUGCUGGAGCUGGAUGUGAUGGAUGUUCGCAUUGUGGAGGAAAGGAGUUACGCUGCUAUCAUAGAGACAAACUCAGACUCUCAUGAUUCCCACACGGCUCACAUACAGAGGAAGCAUUUUCUCUACUUCACAGACGAGAAGAUCCUAUCUGUGCUCAUGGAGAUCUGUCGAACAUUAGGUUACUAUGGCAAUAUUUACCUGCUGACAGAUCACUUCCUUGAUCUGUACCAACAGUCGUCAGCAUACAGAAAGCAGGCUGCCAUGGUGCUGAAUGAGAUUGUCAAGGGCGCCGCAGGCAUAGCCGUGGCAACAGAGGCCCAGGGUUUGGAGUGUCACAUUCGGGGAUACUCUGCCACCCAGGAAGACCUUAAGGUGGCAGUGGUGUCUGUCAUGGAGGAAUACACCAGUCUGAAGAACUGGCACUUGAUUACUGUCAGUGAGGAGACGGAGAGAGACAGACAGGACCAGCAGCUGCUCAGCCCAUCCAGACUCCUCUCCAUAUCAAACAGUCAUCUCAGCAACCCUAUUGCAGACUCUCUCCAAGUGAUUCCCUCUUCGUUUGCCUCCGCGUCUCCCUCAUCGUCAACCUCCACAAUCCACCAGCUCAACAGCAACAUCUGGCAGCUGUGUAUCCAACUCGAGGGCAUCGCCUGCUUUGCCCACGCCCUGGGGGGUGAUUUUCGUCCCUUGUUGAUGACAUCGCUGUAUCCCGUACUGGAGAAAGCCGGGGAGGAGACAUUGCUUGUCAGCCAGGCAGCGCUGGCCUCAAUGUGGGACAUCAGUAAGGCCUGUGGCUACCCCUCCCUGAAGGAGCUGAUCAAUGAGAACUCAGACUACCUGCUCAAUGACAUAUCAGUUAACCUGCAGAGGCUCAGCCAGCAUCCACAGGCUCCGCGGGUGUUGACAGUGAUGUUAACUCAUUCCGACUGCAGCCUGCUGCCUCUGGUCGGGGACAUCGUUCAGGAUGUGCUGAUGGCUCUGGAUCUCAGCUACGACCACACAGCUGCUCUUUUCUGCUCCGUGUUGCAUGCGCUGAUGAAGGCACUGGCGAGGUGGUUUCCCUCCAGUUGUGGUAAGACCAGCAAGUCUGCUGGACCCAAGCAGACCACCGUUCACAAGGAAGUCUUUAACAUCCGACAAUUCCUGCUGGAUUACCGCAAAGAGAAAGAGCUGGCAGAGGGCAUUGGAAUAGAGGAGGAUGACACUGAAGACCUUGAAGUCCCUCCUCCCACGGAGUGCGAGGAUGUUGAAGAUAUCUGCGGUCCUGAUGUGAAGGCAGAGCUUCCCUCCCACCUCAGCAUCACUAAAGAUGUUAUGGAGCGCUGCAUUCAUCUUCUGUCCGACCCCAGUCUCAUGCUCCGGCUCAAGGUAUUGGAUGUGCUGGAGCUAUGUGUGUGUGUACUGAGUGAGAAGGAAAAUGAAUUGCUGCCUAUGGCCCAUCGCUGCUGGCCCGCCCUCCUACAGAGACUCACAGCUGAUGACCCUUUAGCAGUCCUCAGAGCCUUCAGGGUGCUGUGUACGCUGGGUGAAACAUGCGGUGACUUCCUGAGGAGGAGGGUUUCUAAAGAGAUUCUGCCCAAGUUGCGCUCCUCGCUGGCACGGCAGGCUCCCAUCAGUGCCAAGGCCGGGCCUGUCUACACACACACCCUGGCCUACAAAUUGCAGCUGGCUGUACUGCAGGGGCUGGGCUCACUGUGCCAGAGGCUGGACCUGGGUGAGGCAGACCUGGAUGCUGUUUGUGAGGCCUGUCUGCCCUACCUCAGCUGUAGACAACCCAUCAGACUGCAAGAAGCCAGCCUAAGCGUUUUCCAACACUUAAUCCAGGUGGAUCCGGACACCUUCUGGUUUACUCUGAAUGAGCUGCACUGCCCAUCCUCCUACAUCCCACCCCACCCCGACCUCCAGCCCGUACAGCUGAACGGAAUGGGUCGGCCGAGAGACGAGUACUCGGACAAUGUGCUCAAACUGCUGAGGGAGGAGUUUGGCUCGGUUGCUGAGUCAAUCAAUCAGCCAGUCGGUUAAUGAGCUAGUGAUUGAUGUGAUUGACUCGUCUCUCAGAUGGACGGCAUAUUGAACCACUGUCUCCAGCAAGUCAAUUAACUGAAGGAAAAUCUGAGAAUUGUGCCAAAAAGCAGCCAUCAGAUACGUUUGUGAUAACCUUCAUGGUGUACACCGCUCUGAUAAGCAGCAAGGUACAAAGGGAAAAUGUCAACGAAGCAUCUCUACUGUUGUUCACGCUUCUGCUGCAAGUAUAUAAACCAGGAAUCCUUCUGACAGGUCUUCUACAUUAGGAGACAUGCAGUGACAGUGUUUUUCAUUUCAUGCUUAGACAUAGACAUGUACUGUAUGCAAAUGUUAUGUUUUCUAUUCCUUUCUGUUAUUUCUUGAUUUUCUUAAGAAAUACUUUAUUCCUAACUGCCUUGUUGUUUUUUUAUUAUUCAACCUGUGUUCUAAACACGUGGGACUUUAAUACAGAUUCAUUUGGCUGUUGUUGACCCCGACAGAGAUUUUAUUGUGACCCUGAAACAUUCGUAAUUGAAAUAAUCACCAAAAUACACCAACUAUUAAAAAUUAUUUCAUUAUGUGUCAUGUUGCAGUUGGUGUAUUCAGCACUUAAGAACAGGGCUGUCUGUCGAGCCUCAAAUGUGUCUAAAGCACUGAGUAUUGAAACUUUAAAUGUCUAACCAGAUUGGAUUGGUAAUCUCUUUUACUUAAUCUUUAAAGGGGAACUCCACCGAUUUUACACAUCAACUUUACAGAUUUUGGAGAGCACCGCUUCCUUUUAUGGCUCCAGAGGGAGCUGUGUGAAGUCUGAUAAAUUGCCUUGAGUGAUGUCACUUUAGUCAGCAUUAUCUGUGUAUGCAAAGCCUAAUAUAACUUAUUCCUCUGUGCCUAGAGCUCCUUUGGUAAAGCUAUUAAAAUAACGCUACACUGUUGAACUGGCAGACAUAUUCAUUGCGAUGAACAGAACAUGGGCACUCUAGUUUAUUUUGAGUCAAUCCCAAAUACAGUGUAUGCUACCAUAAAUACAUCGUAGCAAACCAAAUGUUAGGACUGCUUUAACUGUAUAUUUAUGACCUGUUUUUAUUAAUGUACAUUUUCAGUAGGAACAUGUGGGCACGGUGCCACAAACUGGUUUGGGAGUAUGGGAGUCAGUUGAGUCUCAAAGUUUUACCAAUACAUUGUUGGUUAUUAAUGGAGUUUGCCUACAAUAAAAAAAUUGUAGAAUAAA